CGCGGGCCGGAGGCCAUGGACGUGAAGGAGAGGAAGCCUUACCGCUCGCUGACCCGGCGCCGCGACGCCGAGCGCCGCUACACCAGCUCGUCCGCGGACAGCGAGGAGGGCAAAACCCCGCAGAAAUCCUAUAGCUCCAGCGAGACCCUGAAGGCCUACGACCAGGACGCCCGCCUAGCCUACGGCAGCCGCGUCAAGGAUAUGGUGCCACAGGAGGCCGAGGAAUUCUGCCGCACAGGUGCCAACUUCACCCUGCGGGAGCUGGGGCUGGGAGAAGUAACGUCCCCUCACGGGACCCUGUACCGGACAGACAUUGGCCUCCCCCACUGCGGCUACUCCAUGGGGGCCAGCUCUGAUGCCGACAUGGAGGCUGACACGGUGCUGUCCCCUGAGCACCCCGUGCGGCUGUGGGGCCGGAGCACACGGUCAGGGCGCAGCUCCUGCCUGUCCAGCCGGGCCAACUCCAACCUCACGCUCACCGACACCGAGCACGAAAACACUGAGACUGAUCACCCGGGCGGCCUGCAGAACCACGCACGGCUCCGGACGCCGCCGCCGCCGCUCUCGCACGCCCACACCCCCAACCAGCAUCACGCGGCCUCCAUUAACUCCCUGAACCGGGGCAACUUCACGCCGAGGAGCAACCCCAGCCCGGCCCCCACGGACCACUCGCUCUCCGGAGAGCCCCCCGCCGGCGGCGCCCAGGAGCCUGCCCAUGCCCAGGACAACUGGCUGCUCAACAGCAACAUACCCCUGGAGACCAGAAACCUAGGCAAGCAGCCAUUCCUAGGGACAUUGCAGGACAACCUCAUUGAGAUGGACAUUCUCGGCGCCUCCCGCCACGAUGGGGCUUACGGUGACGGGCACUUCCUCUUCAAGCCUGGAGGCACCUCCCCGCUCUUCUGCACCACAUCACCAGGGUACCCACUGACGUCCAGCACAGUGUAUUCCCCUCCGCCCCGACCCCUGCCCCGCAGCACCUUCGCCCGGCCGGCCUUUAACCUCAAGAAGCCCUCCAAGUACUGUAACUGGAAGUGCGCAGCCCUGAGCGCCAUCAUCAUCUCAGCCACACUGGUCAUCCUGCUGGCAUACUUUGUGGCCAUGCACCUGUUUGGCCUAAACUGGCACCUGCAGCCGAUGGAGGGGCAGAUGUAUGAGAUCACGGAGGACACAGCCAGCAGUUGGCCUGUGCCAACCGACGUCUCCCUAUACCCCUCAGGGGGCACUGGCUUAGAGACCCCUGACAGGAAAGGCAAAGGAACCGCAGAAGGAAAGCCCAGUAGUUUCUUUCCAGAGGACAGUUUCAUAGAUUCUGGAGAAAUUGAUGUGGGGAGGCGAGCUUCCCAGAAGAUUCCUCCUGGCACUUUCUGGAGAUCUCAAGUGUUCAUAGACCAUCCUGUGCAUCUGAAAUUCAAUGUGUCUCUGGGAAAGGCAGCCCUGGUUGGCAUUUAUGGCAGAAAAGGCCUCCCUCCUUCACAUACACAGUUUGACUUUGUGGAGCUGCUGGAUGGCAGGAGGCUCCUAACCCAGGAGGCGCGGAGCCUGGAGGGGACCCCACGCCAGUCUCGGGGAGCUGUGCCCCCCUCCAGCCAUGAGACAGGCUUCAUCCAGUAUUUGGAUUCAGGAAUCUGGCACCUGGCUUUUUACAAUGACGGAAAGGAGUCAGAAGUGGUUUCCUUUCUCACCACUGCCAUUGAGUCAGUGGAUAACUGCCCCAGCAACUGCUAUGGCAAUGGUGACUGUAUCUCUGGGACCUGCCACUGCUUCCUGGGUUUCCUGGGCCCCGACUGUGGCAGAGCUUCCUGCCCCGUGCUCUGUAGCGGAAAUGGCCAGUACAUGAAGGGCAGAUGCCUGUGCCACAGUGGCUGGAAAGGCGCCGAGUGUGAUGUGCCCACCAACCAGUGUAUCGAUGUGGCCUGCAGCAACCAUGGCACCUGCAUCAUGGGCACCUGCAUCUGCAAUCCUGGCUACAAGGGCGAGAGCUGUGAGGAAGUGGACUGCAUGGACCCCACAUGUUCAAGCCGGGGUGUCUGUGUGAGAGGCGAAUGCCACUGCUCUGUGGGGUGGGGAGGCACCAACUGCGAGACCCCCAGGGCCACAUGCUUAGACCAAUGUUCAGGUCACGGAACCUUCCUCCCAGACACCGGGCUUUGCAGCUGUGACCCAAGCUGGACUGGACACGACUGUUCUAUCGAGAUCUGUGCUGCCGACUGUGGUGGCCACGGCGUGUGCGUAGGGGGCACCUGCCGCUGCGAGGAUGGCUGGAUGGGGGCAGCCUGCGACCAGCGGGCUUGCCACCCGCGCUGUGCGGAGCAUGGGACCUGCCGCGACGGCAAGUGCGAGUGCAGCCCUGGCUGGAAUGGCGAACACUGCACCAUCGCUCACUAUCUGGAUAGGGUAGUUAAAGAGGGUUGCCCUGGGUUGUGCAAUGGCAACGGCAGAUGUACCUUAGACCUGAAUGGUUGGCACUGCGUCUGCCAGCUGGGCUGGAGAGGAGCUGGCUGUGACACUUCCAUGGAGACUGCCUGCGGUGACAGCAAAGACAACGAUGGAGAUGGCCUGGUGGACUGCAUGGACCCUGACUGCUGCCUCCAGCCCCUGUGUCAUGUCAACCCGCUGUGCCUGGGCUCCCCUGACCCUCUGGACAUCAUCCAGGAGACACAGGUCCCUGUGUCACAGCAGAACCUACACUCCUUCUAUGACCGCAUCAAGUUCCUCGUGGGCAGGGACAGCACGCACAUCAUCCCCGGGGAGAACCCCUUUGAUGGAGGGCAUGCUUGUGUUAUUCGUGGCCAAGUGAUGACAUCAGAUGGAACCCCCCUGGUUGGUGUGAACAUCAGUUUUGUCAAUAACCCUAUCUUUGGAUAUACAAUCAGCAGGCAAGAUGGCAGCUUUGACUUGGUGACAAAUGGCGGCAUCUCCAUCAUCCUGCGGUUCGAGCGGGCACCUUUCAUCACACAGGAGCACACCCUCUGGCUGCCAUGGGAUCGCUUCUUUGUCAUGGAAACCAUCAUCAUGAGACAUGAGGAGAAUGAGAUUCCCAGCUGUGACCUGAGCAAUUUUGCCCGCCCCAACCCUGUCGUCUCUCCAUCCCCACUGACAUCCUUUGCCAGCUCCUGUGCAGAGAAAGGCCCCAUUGUGCCAGAAAUUCAGGCUUUGCAGGAGGAAAUCUCUAUCGCUGGCUGCAAGAUGAGGCUGAGCUACCUGAGCAGCCGGACCCCUGGCUACAAAUCUGUCCUGAGGAUCAGCCUCACCCACCCGACCAUCCCCUUCAACCUCAUGAAGGUGCACCUCAUGGUAGCAGUGGAGGGCCGCCUCUUCAGGAAGUGGUUUGCUGCAGCCCCAGACCUGUCCUAUUAUUUCAUUUGGGACAAGACAGAUGUCUACAACCAGAAGGUGUUUGGGCUCUCAGAAGCCUUUGUUUCUGUGGGUUAUGAAUAUGAAUCCUGCCCAGAUCUAAUCCUGUGGGAAAAAAGAACAGCAGUGCUGCAGGGCUAUGAAAUUGAUGCGUCCAAGCUUGGAGGAUGGAGCCUAGACAAACAUCAUGCCCUCAACAUUCAAAGUGGCAUCCUGCACAAAGGGAAUGGGGAGAACCAGUUUGUGUCUCAGCAGCCGCCUGUCAUCGGGAGCAUCAUGGGCAAUGGACGCCGGAGAAGCAUCUCCUGCCCCAGCUGCAAUGGCCUUGCUGACGGCAACAAGCUCCUGGCCCCAGUGGCCCUCACCUGUGGCUCCGAUGGGAGCCUCUAUGUGGGUGAUUUCAACUACAUUAGAAGGAUCUUCCCCUCUGGAAAUGUCACCAACAUCCUAGAGUUGAGAAAUAAAGAUUUCAGACAUAGUCACAGUCCAGCACACAAAUACUACCUGACCUCAGACCCCAUGAGCGGCGCUGUCUUCCUUUCUGACACCAACAGCCGGCGGGUCUUUAAAAUCAAGUCCACUGUGGUGGUGAAGGACCUUGUCAAGAACUCUGAGGUGGUUGCGGGGACAGGUGACCAGUGCCUCCCCUUUGAUGACACUCGCUGCGGGGAUGGUGGGAAGGCCACAGAAGCCACACUCACCAAUCCCAGGGGCAUCACAGUGGACAAGUUUGGGCUGAUCUACUUCGUGGAUGGCACCAUGAUCAGACGCAUCGAUCAGAAUGGGAUCAUCUCCACCCUGCUCGGCUCCAAUGAUCUCACAUCAGCCCGGCCCCUCAGCUGUGACUCUGUCAUGGAUAUUUCCCAGGUUCGCCUGGAGUGGCCCACAGACUUAGCCAUCAACCCAAUGGAUAACUCACUUUAUGUCCUCGACAACAAUGUGGUCCUGCAGAUCUCUGAAAACCACCAGGUGCGCAUUGUCGCCGGGAGGCCCAUGCACUGCCAGGUCCCUGGCAUUGACCACUUCCUGCUAAGCAAGGUGGCCAUCCACGCAACCCUGGAGUCAGCCACCGCUUUGGCUGUUUCACACAAUGGGGUCCUGUAUAUUGCUGAGACUGAUGAGAAAAAGAUCAACCGCAUCAGGCAGGUCACCACUAGCGGAGAGAUCUCACUAGUUGCUGGGGCCCCCAGUGGCUGUGACUGUAAAAAUGAUGCCAACUGUGAUUGUUUUUCUGGAGAUGAUGGUUAUGCCAAGGAUGCAAAGUUAAAUACCCCAUCUUCCUUGGCUGUGUGUGCUGAUGGGGAGCUCUAUGUGGCCGACCUUGGGAACAUCCGAAUUCGGUUUAUCCGGAAGAACAAACCUUUCCUCAACACCCAGAACAUGUAUGAGCUGUCUUCACCAAUUGACCAGGAGCUCUAUCUGUUUGAUACCACUGGCAAGCACCUGUACACCCAAAGCCUGCCCACAGGAGACUACCUGUACAACUUCACCUACACUGGGGAUGGCGACGUCACACUCAUCACAGACAACAACGGCAACAUGGUAAAUGUCCGCCGAGACUCUACUGGGAUGCCCCUUUGGCUGGUGGUCCCAGAUGGCCAGGUAUACUGGGUGACCAUGGGCACUAACAGUGCACUCAAGAGUGUGACCACACAAGGACACGAGUUGGCCAUGAUGACAUACCAUGGCAAUUCUGGCCUUCUGGCAACCAAAAGCAAUGAAAACGGAUGGACAACAUUUUAUGAGUAUGACAGCUUUGGCCGCCUGACAAAUGUGACCUUCCCUACUGGCCAGGUGAGCAGUUUCCGAAGUGAUACAGACAGUUCAGUGCAUGUCCAGGUAGAGACCUCCAGCAAGGAUGAUGUCACCAUAACCACCAACCUGUCUGCCUCAGGUGCCUUCUACACACUGCUGCAAGACCAAGUCCGGAACAGCUACUACAUUGGGGCUGACGGCUCCCUGCGGCUGCUGCUGGCCAACGGCAUGGAGGUGGCACUGCAGACUGAGCCCCACUUGCUGGCUGGCACUGUCAACCCCACCGUGGGCAAGAGGAAUGUCACACUGCCCAUUGACAACGGCCUCAACCUGGUGGAGUGGCGGCAGCGCAAGGAGCAGGCUCGGGGCCAGGUCACUGUCUUCGGGCGCCGGCUGCGGGUUCACAACCGAAAUCUCCUGUCUCUGGAUUUUGACCGUGUAACACGCACAGAGAAGAUCUAUGAUGACCACCGCAAGUUCACCCUUCGGAUUCUGUACGACCAGGCGGGGCGGCCCAGCCUCUGGUCACCCAGCAGCAGGCUGAAUGGUGUCAACGUGACAUACUCCCCUGGGGGUCACAUUGCUGGCAUCCAGAGAGGCAUCAUGUCUGAAAGAAUGGAAUACGACCAGGCGGGCCGCAUCAUAUCCAGGAUCUUCGCUGAUGGGAAGACAUGGAGCUACACGUACUUAGAGAAGUCCAUGGUGCUGCUACUACACAGCCAGAGGCAGUAUAUCUUUGAGUUCGACAAGAAUGACCGCCUCUCUUCUGUGACGAUGCCCAACGUGGCAAGGCAGACACUGGAGACCAUCCGCUCAGUGGGCUACUACAGAAACAUCUAUCAGCCCCCUGAGGGCAAUGCCUCAGUCAUACAGGACUUCACUGAGGAUGGGCACCUCCUCCACACCUUCUACCUGGGCACUGGCCGCAGGGUGAUAUACAAGUAUGGCAAACUGUCGAAGCUGGCGGAGACACUGUACGACACCACCAAGGUCAGUUUCACCUAUGAUGAGACGGCAGGCAUGCUGAAGACCAUCAACCUACAGAACGAGGGCUUCACCUGCACCAUCCGCUACCGUCAGAUUGGGCCCCUGAUCGACCGGCAGAUCUUCCGCUUCACCGAGGAAGGCAUGGUCAAUGCCCGUUUUGACUACAACUAUGACAAUAGCUUCCGGGUGACCAGCAUGCAGGCUGUGAUCAACGAGACCCCGCUGCCCAUUGAUCUCUAUCGCUAUGAUGAUGUGUCAGGCAAGACAGAGCAGUUUGGGAAGUUUGGUGUCAUCUACUAUGACAUUAACCAGAUAAUCACCACAGCUGUCAUGACCCACACCAAGCAUUUUGACGCAUAUGGCAGGAUGAAGGAAGUGCAGUAUGAGAUCUUCCGCUCGCUCAUGUACUGGAUGACUGUCCAGUAUGAUAACAUGGGGCGAGUAGUGAAGAAGGAGCUGAAGGUGGGACCCUACGCCAAUACCACCCGCUACUCCUAUGAGUACGAUGCUGAUGGCCAGCUGCAGACAGUCUCCAUCAAUGACAAGCCACUCUGGCGCUACAGCUAUGACCUCAAUGGAAACCUGCACUUACUGAGCCCUGGGAACAGUGCACGGCUCACACCGCUACGGUACGACCUCCGCGACCGCAUCACUCGGCUGGGUGACGUGCAAUACAAGAUGGACGAGGAUGGCUUCCUGAGGCAGCGUGGCAGCGAUAUCUUUGAGUACAACUCAGCUGGCCUACUCAUCAAGGCCUACAAUCGGGCUGGCGGCUGGAGUGUCAGGUACCGCUACGACGGCCUGGGGCGGCGGGUGUCCAGCAAGAGCAGCCACAGCCACCACCUGCAGUUCUUCUAUGCAGACCUGACCAACCCCACCAAGGUCACCCACCUCUACAACCACUCCAGCUCUGAGAUCACCUCCCUCUACUAUGACUUGCAAGGACACCUCUUUGCCAUGGAGCUGAGCAGUGGUGACGAGUUUUACAUCGCUUGUGACAACAUCGGGACCCCUCUUGCUGUCUUUAGUGGAACGGGUUUGAUGAUCAAGCAAAUCCUGUACACAGCCUAUGGGGAGAUCUACAUGGAUACCAACCCCAACUUUCAGAUCAUCAUAGGCUACCAUGGUGGCCUCUAUGAUCCACUCACCAAGCUUGUCCACAUGGGCCGGCGAGAUUAUGAUGUGCUGGCUGGACGCUGGACUAGCCCAGACCACGAGCUGUGGCAGCACCUUAGUAGCAGCAACAUCAUGCCUUUUAAUCUCUAUAUGUUCAAAAACAACAACCCCAUCAGCAACUCUCAGGACAUCAAGUGCUUCAUGACAGAUGUUAACAGCUGGCUGCUCACCUUUGGAUUCCAGCUACACAACGUGAUCCCUGGUUAUCCCAAACCAGACAUGGAUGCCAUGGAACCCUCCUAUGAGCUCAUCCACACACAGAUGAAAACCCAGGAGUGGGACAACAGCAAGUCUAUCCUUGGGGUACAGUGUGAAGUACAGAAGCAGCUCAAGGCCUUCGUUACCUUAGAACGCUUUGACCAGCUCUAUGGCUCCACAAUCACCAGUUGCCAGCAGGCCCCAAAGACCAAGAAGUUUGCAUCCAGUGGCUCAAUCUUUGGCAAGGGGGUCAAGUUUGCCUUGAAGGAUGGCCGAGUGACCACAGACAUCAUCAGUGUGGCCAACGAGGAUGGGCGAAGGGUUGCUGCCAUCUUGAACAAUGCCCACUACCUAGAGAACCUGCACUUCACCAUUGAUGGGGUGGACACCCAUUACUUUGUGAAACCAGGGCCUUCAGAAGGUGACCUGGCCAUCCUGGGCCUCAGUGGGGGGCGGCGAACACUGGAGAAUGGGAUCAACGUCACUGUGUCCCAGAUCAACACAGUGCUUAAUGGCAGGACUAGACGCUACACAAACAUCCAGCUCCAGUACGGGGCACUGUGCUUGAACACACGCUACGGGACAACAUUGGACGAGGAGAAGGUGCGGGUCCUGGAGCUGGCCCGGCAGAGAGCCGUGCGCCAGGCAUGGGCCCGUGAGCAGCAGAGACUGCGGGAAGGGGAGGAAGGCCUGCGGGCCUGGACAGAGGGGGAGAAGCAGCAGGUGCUGAGCACAGGGCGGGUGCAAGGCUACGACGGCUUUUUCGUGAUCUCUGUCGAGCAGUACCCAGAACUGUCGGACAGCGCCAACAACAUCCACUUCAUGAGACAGAGCGAGAUGGGCCGGAGGUGA